UGUUGUGCGUGUGGAUGUUAAUCUCCAGGAUGUGGACAUUGACCAGUGCUCCAGCAGUGGCUGGUUUGCAGGCACUCACCGUUGUAACUUGACAACUAUGGAGUGUAAACCAAUUCUAGGCAACGGAUUUGUGCUGGAUAAGUACAAGUGUCAAUGCAAAUCAGGUUUUUACCAUCCGAGUAGAGUGACACUCAAUGGCUUCUCAAAAUCAAACCGGGGCUCAUACAGUGAUGAAUUCUGGGAAGUGCCUGGGAGGUGUCUGCCAUGCCGAGAAGGGUGUACAAUCUGCAACGAUGACACGCCAUGUCUGGCUCAAGAAGACACUGCCCUCCGUCUGGCCAUGGUCUCCUUUCAAGGCUUCUGUAUGCUCAUGGACUUCAUCAGUAUGCUGGUUGUCUACCACGUUCGCCGUAACAAGAGAAUCAGAGCAUCUGGUCUUAUUCUUGUUGAAGCGAUUCUGGCGGGAUCUGUACUUCUCUACUUUCCUGUUAUGAUACAGUACUUUAACCCGAGUGUAUUCCAGUGCAUUCUCCUGAGAUGGGUUCGCCUGCUCGGCUUUGCUGUCGUUUAUGGAACAGUGAUUCUGAAAUUAUACAGGGUUGUAAAAGUGUUCUUGUCACGCACGGCCCAGCGGAUUCCCUACAUGACCAGCUGGAGAGUUCUGCGUCUGCUCGUCGUGAUUCUGCUUGUGGUUCUAUGGUUCCUAGUGGCCUGGACCUCAGCCGUGUGCCAGAACCAUGACACCCAACACGCCCUCAUUGACAUCGGGGUCACCCCAGAGGGCCUGCAGUUCAGCAUGUGUCUGCUGGAUAGCUGGGACUACAUGAUGGCUGCAGCGGAGUUCCUCUUCCUGCUGUGGGGGGUUUAUCUGUGCCAUGCUGUACGGACUGUUCCGUCUGCCUUUCACGAGCCACGCUACUUGGCAGUCGGCAUUUAUAAUGAACUCCUCAUCUCUGCAAUAUUCCACAUUAUUAGGUUCACUCUUGGGACUUGGCUGCAUCCAGACUGGAUGCUAAUGCUGUUUUUCAUCCAUGCCCACCUGACAGUGACUGUUACAUUGGGAUUACUUCUCAUUCCAAAGUUCCUUUUCACUGGUACUCAUACGCGGGAGGACAUUGCCACUGAGGCUUAUGAGGAUGAGCUGGAUAUGGGUCACUCGGGCUCCUGUCUGAACAGCAGCAUAACAUCUGCCUGGAGUGAACACAGCCUGGACCCUGAGGACAUUAGGGAGGAACUUAAAAAACUCUAUGCCCAGCUGGAGAUCUAUAAAAGAAAGAAGAUGCUAGCCAAUAACCCUCACUUACAGAAGAAGCGCAGUUCCAAGAGGGGCCUCGGACGGACAAUAAUGCGUCGAAUCACAGAAAUACCAGAGACAGUGAGUCGGCAAUACAGCCGAGAAGACAGGGAAGCAGGUGACCACGGAAGUAACAGAGGUACCCUGCGGAGAAACCCUUUCGACCCAUCUCACUCUGGGAAGCCAAGAGAAGAAUCUCUGAGGAGCAAGAUGUUCUCACUUAAGAGAUCUCAUAGCUACGACCAUACGCACGACUAAACUGGGAAAACAAUUGGGGUGCCUGAUGAUAAAAUAGAGAACUCCACCAAUGAAUCAUCUCUGCUGGAUACACUGAUGGGCAGGAGGUCUAACAAGAAGAAUCCAGAUGUGUCGAAAAUCGAGUUAGCAGAAUCUACAGAGUCAGUGCCCUUAGUGUGCAAAUCGGUUAGUGCACAAAACCUGGCUGCGGACAAAAAGCCUGUACUUCUCCGAACUUCGAUGUUACAGAAAUCAUUGUCUGUGAUUGCUAGCGCCAGAGAGAGGACACUGGGGAUUGCGGGGAAGACGCACAGCGUUGAGGAUGCCAGCAAGAAGGGUCUCAAAGGAAAGGACAGCACUGUGCUUUCUGAAGUUGAAGAAUCUCCUGAGUGUUUUCCAAAAAUGAUCAUCAGCCAGUCAGUUGAGUACACCAAGACGCCGAGUAAGAUGGGGAUCAUGAAGCAACAGGUGAGUGGCAGUCAGCCAUCCAUUUGUUCAGAACCAGGGAGGAGCAAGGAUCUGUACGACCUCUCUGAGGUGUGCCCUUGGGAGGUGGAAGAGCUUCCGACUCCGUCCGAGGGGAAGGCUCAAAAGCAUGUUUCCAUCGCUGUUAGUGAACCCAACGUUGUACAUGGAAGCAGCCCUAAAAGUGGACGCUCUCAACACAAGCAGAAAACAGUGAGCCAGUCUACUUUGAACCGGCGCCGCUCCAGAGACAAGACUGCAGACAGAGAUGAAGGGAGGAAACCAAAAUCUCUCAACCUCACUGUCCACAAAGAUGAAACUCCAUGGAACUUUGAGGAGCAAGGAAUGGAGACUGCAGGGCUGUCCUCUGAUAGGACAAGACGCAAGAAAAGUGUUACACCAACAGACGGAAAGCCCAAGAUCAUCCUCUCAGAUAUCUCUAAGUCUACAGGAAGCCUUUUGCAGCCUCCAGCUCUCAUGGUGGAUAUUUGCCCUUGGGAUUACGAUCCACCCGUGUCCCCCAACCAAGACAAGACAUCCAGCCCCACACAUCACUCAAAGAGAAGGGAUUCAAGCUCAAAAAGAAAAGGAUCAUGCUCUUCCAAAGAGAAAGGAAAGGAUAAAGACGAUGAUAAGCGAAGAUCCAACUGCAGGGAGCGGAGAAGCUCCUCGAGCAAACCCUCAGAGAAACGACGUACAAGCCAGUCAUCAGAAGGUGACCAGAUGGCAGUGGCAUCUGGCAGGAGAAGAAGCUCUACUAGAGAGACAGCGAUGAGAAGCAGUAAGCAUGCUGAAGUUUGCCCAUGGGUGACUGAGACAUUGCCGAGUGUUACCUCAAAUGAAAAACACCCUCCAACAACGGAGAACCACACAAAUCAAACACCAGCCGAUUACCUCAACAUGGCUGAAAUCUGUCCGUGGGACUUUGAUGAGAAGGUGUCAGGGAAAAAUGCAUGACACAGUACGCACAACAUCACUCUGGCAACAUAUUUGAGUGUUAGCCCUCCACUUCCAGUUUUUGAUAACUUUGCACACAUACAAAGACAUUUUUUAAAUACUUGGUAAGGAGAAAAAUUUUACUUUUAGUCAACUUUAUCAUCAUCAACCUGAAAAACUCGUUUGGAUACACACCCAUGUAACCAUAGUGCCUUGCAAAUGCGUUUAAAACGUGUUCUUUCAUUUUUAAUUUCAAGGUUGAUGUCUAACCACACAAACUAAAAAUGACUGUUUUACAUUUAAUUUGAUGUUACAAGAAACAUGCAAUUUGCACAAAUAUUCAGUCUGUGUUGACAGGGGUUAGAUGAAUAAUAAUUGCCCUAUUUUAGUCUUGUAACCUAAUAAAAUAAACCCCACAUGUUCCGUAUAAAAGCAAAUGUGAAGGACAAGCGUGUCAUCCAAAAAUGUAUAGAUAAAAUACAGCAAAUGUAAAAAAAAAGUCAGUAGAUGCCCCAAUGGCAAACUACAUCAAACCACCCUGCUUAAAAAGGCAUUCAUGAAGACAGAGACCAUUAUUAAUGGAUUUAGAAUACCUUUGCAAGGCACUAUUGGGAAGAGUGAGGUAAUGUAGGGUUUAAAGGUAUUGUUCACCUGAAAUGAAAAUUCUGUCUUCAUUUAUUCACCCUCAAGUUUUUACAAAACUGUUUUUAAACCUUUGUUCUGUUAAACAAAACAAGAUAUUUUGAAGAAUAUGGGAAACUAAACAGUUCUGGGGCACCAUGAACUACCAUAGUAGUUUUUCCUUAUUAUGGAAGUCUAUAGUUCCCCAGAUCUUUUUGGUUACAAACAUUCUUCAAGUUUCUUUGUGUUCAGCAGAACAAUUAAAUUUACCAAGGUCGGGAACAACUUGAGGGUGAGUAAAUAAUGACAGAAUUUAGAUUUAUGGGUAAACUGAUCCUUUAAGACAUCCCCUUCACAUCUAGCUGAUGUAGCUCUCAUGUAGAGAGAAUCACACAAAAAGUGCAUUUAACAUUUUAAAUAACAAUUUUAGGUUUCGAAACAUUUUAGGUUUUGAAACAUUCUAAACCACUGCCAAGAACAACAUUUAUGUAAUUGAUGCUGCAAUUCGUUUUUGACCCCACUGUCGCCUAUACUGAUUAAUGUAAAUAACUUGUAAAUAUAAAACCUGACUCACCUUACCCCAUUUUAUAUUACUACAAAAUACCCAAAUCCUUCUUUCUAAAACAGACAAGUACAGUAUAUUCACCUAGUGGCCACUUUAACUGAGAGUGAUAUUUAAAGGAUAUGAUUUCUACCGUUAACUGGCAAAACAUUUAGGGUUCUUUUUUAUUCUGGAUAUAUGGUUUUAAACAUCAACACAUCAGUUCAUUUGCAAUUUAUUACAAUUUAAAACCAUUAAAAUUCAAACCAGCAGUAAACUGCAUGAAUGCAAGUUGUAACCAAGGUAUUUUUGUCAAUGUUGAAUAUUAAUAGAGACAAAUGGGAGUGCUCAAAAUAACUGUUUGAUAUUGAACGGAUAUACUUAUUUUUGUUGCAGUGUUGUUGGUAUUGUGUUUCAACUUUACAUGACCCUAUCUUGUAAAAUUCUGUUCUGUUGCGAUUUGUACUGAUAUCAAAUAUGUUGGAUGGUGUCCCCCUGCUGGUGUUGGUUAAAUCAUUAGUAAACAGUCACAUUGGCUCUUGCAUGUCAGUAAGUCUGUCUUUUCCUUGCACAAUUCUGUAUCGGUAAGUAUAUUAAAUGCUUUAUUGCAGAUACUGUACAUUUCUUCAGCAUUAUGCAGUGGUUAUGUUCAAUUUUAAUUGACCUGGGAAUGUCUACUGUUUAUUUUAUGUGUUUCGUUGUGACAGCAUGCCAUGUACAUUCUUCCAAUCUGCAAUAAAUAUAUCUUGUUUAGAUUUA